AUGUGGAAACCGUCAACCCGCGAAGCCGCCGAUGUUUCAUUAUUUGGAGCCCCCAGGAGAUACCGAUCAUGGAAGACGCGAAGCGGCUCGGCCAACUGGGGAUUACCGCGUCUGUUCAGCCCGUUCAUUCCGAUCCAGUCCUCGCCAAGGCCUAUCCUCGAAAACAUCACCGUUCGGAAAUCGGCCCUCGAGCCAGAGUCCGAUCAAAUGACUAACCCUCGUGGCACGAUCACACUGCUACAGGCGGUCACUGCAGCGACCCUUGGAGCAGCGUAUUCGCAAUUUGCCGAGGGCUGGGUAGGGAGAAUUGCUACCGAUCAUUGGGCGGAUUAUGUAGCGCUGGAGAAAGAAUGGACACCCGAGACGUUGCUAAACGCAACAAUAUAUCAAACCUGGGCCAGAGGAAGAAAGGUGUUUGAAGGUCCAGGGAUUGGGUAA